AACAGCUUAAUAACAGACGAGAGCAAAUCGUGUGGCGGGAACACAACAGACAAACAUUUGAAAUUAAAAUGGCUGCAGCGUUGAAUGGAAAGUGGGAAAUCUACUCGAGUGAGAAUUUUGAAAACUUUAUGAAAGCAAUCGGAGUUACACCUGAAAAUAUAGAAAAGGCAACAAAAGCACUGGAUGCCAAUUCUAAACUUACACAUGAAAUAAGUGGUUCUGGUAAUUCCUGGUCGAUCAAGACUACUACUAUUAUGGGAGAAAAAGAAAUAAAAUUUAAUCUAGGCGAAGAAUUUUCUACCGCGACAUUAGAUGGUCGACCAGUAAAGGUCACGUUUACAUUAGAGGGUGAUAAACUUGUUGAGGUUCAAAAAGGAGACGGAUUUGAAUCCCGAAACGAACGUUCUGUGUCCGGAGGUGAAUUAGUAGCCAUUAUGAGUGGAAAUGGAGUUUCUUGUACCAGGAAAUAUAAGAAGAUCUAAAUAUAAUCCAAGGAACUUAAUUGUUGAUUGUGCAAUAUGUCAUUAGUGUCUGCGUUAAUUCCUUUAUUUUAUAUUCUUUAGUCAGAUGUUAACUUAUAUAUAUAUAUGGCUUUUCAUGUACAAAGAUGAAACUCAGUUCCACGCCCAUCUUCACAAUGUCAAGCUAUAACAAACUACAUCUUCACCAUGUAAAACUAAACCAAACUUCAUCUUCACCAAGUUAAGCUAUUAAGAACUGCGACUUAUACAUUGACUUGCACGUCACAACUUGGUUGUUUUCAUUGAAAGUACCAUUGAUGUAAAGAGGUUUUGAAAACAUUUAUAUGUAUUGAUAGUGUCAAUUUGCACCAUUCCCCUUUUCAGACAGAUCCUAACCCCAAUCGAGACGUCUGUAUAUCUUACAAUUCUACUGAAAUUUUAUGAUGUCACUAUUGCAAAGCUGUUAUUAAUAUAUAAGGACCUUUGAUAUAAUGACGUCAUAAAAGGCCUAUUAUUAGUGGAAAUGCAAGAACCACAGACAAACACAUACAAAUUUAGAAUCUCUAGAGUUAUAAAGGAUUGGUUAAUAAUAUUUUCCAUUGUUAUUUACCAUAGUAUGCUUUAUUAUCUGGUGUUUUAAUGUUCGAUGUUCAAGCUUCAUUUGAUAUUUCAUCACUUGGUCGACCUAUGUUUGUUUUGAGUUGAUUAAACUUUACUAACCUCUUGGUGAUGCGUUCUGAUUUAUUUAUUAGGCCAUUAGUGGCAAGACAAUUCUACCUUAAUAAAAAUUUAUGAACCCUUUC